AUGUCCAUGGCGUUCCAACAGUACCAAUACGUCCCCGUCGCCGAGCACGGCUAUGAAGCCGCGCCCCUCGGCUACCCAGCAGCCUACCCGUCAAGAACCGUGUACCUGGGCAACGUUCCUGCCAACGUGGAGGCGCAUGAGUUGCUCAACCACGUCCGAUCCGGAACAGUGGAGUCGGUCAGGAUUAUCCCGUCCAAGAACUGCGCGUUUGUCUCGUUUCUCGACGAGAACUCCGCCACCCUGUUCCACUCCGACGCCACCCUCAAACACCUCACCGUUGCAGGCCACGAGAUCAAGGUGGGCUGGGGGAAACCCACCCCGGUACAGCCCCUGGUGGCCUCGUGUGUUGCGCGCUACAACGCCACCAGAAACGUCUAUCUCGGCAACCUGUCCCCGGCCACCACCACAGACGACCUGCUCCAGGACCUGCGCCAGUACGGAUCAAUCGACACCAUCAAGAUCCUGCCGGAGAAAAAAAUCGCUUUUGCACACUACACAUCCAUCCUGUCGGCUAUCAAGUGCAUCCAGUCACUGCCUCUUCUCGACAAGUACAAGGACAAGAAGGUUUUCUACGGGAAAGAUCGGUGUGCGUUUGUCACAAAGACACAACAGCACAACGCGGCACAGUACCUGGGACUCAACCCGAACGUGGACUCGUUCUCGUCCCAGGUCGACAGAGACGUGAUUGCAGACUCGCUUGUGCGACAGAGCAGCGCGGCGGCGGUGAUUGCCACGUCGGCCGCAGGCCCGGGAAACCAGGGAAAUAGAACCAUCUACUUGGGCAACCUGCACCCGGACUCGACGGUCGAGGAGAUCUGCAACGUUUGUCGGGGCGGGAUUCUGCAUCACGUUCGGCUGAUCCCCGAGCGUCACGUCUGCUUCAUCACGUUUAUAGACCCGGUCUCGGCAGCACAGUUCUUUGCAACCUCCUCGUUGCACGGCCUGGUGAUCCACAACCGCAAAAUCAAGGUCGGCUGGGGAAAACACUCGGGCCCGCUGCCCAACUCCAUCAACCUCGCCGUCGGAAACGGCGCAUCCAGAAACAUCUACAUCGGAGGCCUCGACAAAAUUCCAGAGGUUAAGUUCACCAAGGAAAAACUAUACACCGACUUUAAAGUGUUUGGAGAAACAGAGCAAAUCAACUUCUUUGACGAAAAACACUGUUGCUUCGUCAACUUCACCAAUAUCUCCAACGCCAUCAAGGCAAUCGACGGCAUUAGAAACAACCCCGAUUACGUCAAGUGCAAAAUCAACUUUGGCAAAGAUCGUUGCGGUAACGCCCCAAGACACCACCAGAACUCCCAGGGAGUGCCGUAUCUGUCAGGCCAGAUCGUAAACGACGUCAACGGCCAGCAGUUUGGCGACCAAAGCGACGACGACGACGAUUACCAGCAGCCCGAGCUCGCCACCCCUGCCGAAAUGGAAAACCCAAUGGGUAUCUUCCGAACAUCGGUGUGA